AUGGUGCAUGCUCAGUUUGUUAUAAAAGGCUUUCAUUCUCAUACUUUUCUUGCUACAUCUCUUCUUAACAUGCAUGCAAAUUUGGGGAGUAUUGUGGACUCGAAUAAGGUUUUUGAUACCUUGACAAAACAUAAUCAAGUUUCUUGGAAUGCAAUUAUUUCGGGUUUUACAUUAAAUGGACUGCAUUUGGAAUCAUUUGAUCAUUUCCUUCAAAUGAAGAAUGAAGGAAUCAGGCCGAAUAUAUAUACAAUAAUUAGUAUUUCAAAAGCCGUAGGGCAAUUUGGUGAUAUGGACAAAGGGAAAGAAGUUCAGUCUGUUUCCCUUGAGUUGGGUGUAGAGUCUGAUGUGCAAGUGGGGACAGCUCCCAUUGAUCGCCAAGAAGCUUUGGAACUCUAUGUAAGAAUGCGUCAUAAUAAUAUAAAAUCGGAUGUCUAUACAUAUUGUAGUAUAUUCAAUGCCACUGCUGAUUUUAAGUAUUUACAUUUCGGGAAGGAAGUUCAUGGGAUGGUUUUGAAGUCUAGUCGUGAUAUGAUGGUUAUUAGUGUUUGUAAUGCAACUGUUGAUGCAUAUGCCAAAUGUGGAGCUCCUGAAUACAGAAAAAAGAGUUUUUACGAGAUGGAGGAGAGAGAUAUGGUGUCAUGGACAACCCUGAUGAGGGAAGAAGGUUUUAGACCCAACCAGUUUACCUUCUCUAGUGUGUUGGUUUCUUAUUCUAGGCUUUGUUUUCUUGAGUACGGACAGCAAAUUCAUGGUCUUUUGUGCAAGGCUGGGUUGGACAAGGACAAGUGCAUAAAGAAUGCUCUGGUGGACAUAUAUGCAAAAUGUGGCAGUGUAAAUGAGGCAAAGAAGGUCUUUGAAAGAAUCUUUGAAUGGAUUUCUAACCCUGAUACUGUCUCAUGGACAGCUAUGAUAUCGGGUUAUGCGCAACAUGGUCUCAGAGGAUGUCGUUCGACUCUUUAG